AGUUUCCCCGCGGCGACGCUCAAGCGCGGCCGGGCGGGGAGGGUGUGAGUUGGAAACUACCGUUUCCGGGAUGGCCGGCCAAGGGCUGGGCAGCGGUGCGGGGAUUUAAACACAAACAGCGGCUGCCUACCCCGCCUCCCAGCCCAGAGGGAAACGGAAAGGGGAGGAGCCUCCGUGCGUGGGGCGAGUUUCCGGAGGGGCCAGCGGGGCCUCGCCCUGUCCGCAGGCGGAGCGCCCCCUCCCCCGCGACGCCCAUGGCGGGGUUCGAGCUAGCGCCCGCGGACGGGGGCUGCCCGCUGCCGCUGCAGCCCGGCCAGACAGUGCUGGGAAGAGGCCCCCUGCUGGGAUGCCCACACUCAGAAUAGUGUACACGAAGAUUACCGAUAAGAGAGUAUCCCGAAAACAUGCCAUAUUGGAAGUGGUGGGUGACCAGCUUCGCAUCAAACCGGUCCAUGUAAAUCCUUGUUUUUAUCAAUCACCUGAGACUAGCCAUCUAUUACCAUUGGAAACAGAUGAAUGGCACUCUUUGAGCCCAGGUGACAGCUUUUCCCUCUUAAUAGACAAAUACAUUUUCAAGGUCCUCUCUACACACUCAGAUGUGGAAAGCACACUAAGGAAAAAUAGCAAGAUUGCUGCAGAUGAAACAGCAAAUAAAUCCUCUUCAAGUGGUCAUCCUAUCAAGAUGUCUUGUGAUCCAUCUUUAGCAGAAUUAACUUCAUGUUCCAAUAAUAACAUACAAGUGAAAGCACAUUCUCUAUUGGAAAGGACAGGAGAAAUUCCAAAAAAUGAGACUUCUUCCAAGAGUUCGUUGUUUUCUGCUAGUUGUAAUGAAAGUGAGGAGCUAAAGCCUGUCUGGAGGAAAAGGAUGCUUCCAUCUUGGAUGUUGCAAGGAGAUCUCAUGGUUCAAAGUCUUUCAACUCCAGUCCCUAAAAGAGGUGGUGGAGUAACAAGAGGCAGAGGGAGAGGAAAAAGUGAUAUGGAACCAUCAAAGUCAAGAGCAAAUGUGCAGGGGAGAAAACGGUUAGCUUCUGAAGAGCAUUUAGGGGAUAUCAAAGAGAUGGAACAGGAUCAGGGAAAAAAGAGCAAAACGUCUGAAGAGGAAGCCACUGUCCCCCCAUCACAGGAUGCAUCAAGAAUACCUCUUGCCAGGGCUAUGAGGAAAGUGGAAGAGAAUUAUAACAAGACUGUCUCACAAAAGAUUGAAAGUUCUGUGGAGAAAAGUGAUUGUCAGCUCCACAGCAAGAGGCCUGAACACAGGCUAGAUGCAAAAAGCCAACUCUCCUCUGACACAAAUAAAAUGAAUGAAAGGGAAAACAAAGACGAGGUUAUCCAUUCUGCAAGCCAACAGACUCACCAGGACAAGCCAUCCCACUCUCAUGUUCCCCUAGCUGAGACUCAAGAGCUUGAUUUAAAUCAGGAUCCUGAAACUGAAGGUUUUAACUCAGCCAGAAGCACAGAUGCUCUACAGAGUUCUAAACAAACCAAGCAGAAGAGGACACCCUGCAUGUAUGGGUCAGGUUGCUACAGGAAGAAUCCACUUCACUUUCAGCAGUUCAGUCACCCUGGUGACCACGAUUAUCAUGACGUGGAGGUUGUAAGUCAAGAUGACGAUGACAGGCCUGAAUGUCCAUAUGGAACUACUUGUUAUAGGAAGAAUCCACAGCACAAGCUUGAAUACAAGCACACCACACCUCCAGAAACUGAAGCAAGAAGAACUAGACAGAAAACUACUAAAAGAGGAAAAAGUGUUUUGGAGGAGGACAGUGAUAAUGAUGGUGAACCGAAUGAAUAUGACCUGAAUGACAGCUUUCUAGAUGACGAGGAGAAAGAGGAGUAUGACCCUACUGAUGAAGAUUCCGAUUGGGAGCCAGAUCCUGAAGACAAAGAUAAUGAAGAUGUUGAAACACUUUUGAAAGAAGCACAACAUUUUAUUAAAACCAAAAAGUAGUUUUGGCCAAAUGAUGUGAAGUACUUGUGAACGUACCUGUUUACAGAAUUGGUGGGGGUUUGGGGAAUGACUUUGAAAGCCAACUUUACCCAUGCUUGAGACACUACAAACAAGGAUUUUUAAUGAGGAAAAAAUGCGCACCGGCUUCCUUUUCUUUUGAUACACAUUGUUCUGCCUUCGACUUCUUAGCUGACGAAGUCAAAUCAUAAAGUCUGGGAUUAUAUUGUGGCUAAUUGAAGAAUUUUUUUUUAAAUGGUUCUUUUCUGAGUCUUUUCCAACUUCUUCACAGCUCAUAUUGUCAGAUGGAGGAUUAAUGGGUUGGAAUGUAGCUAUUAACAUUCCUCAUGAAUAUCUUUCUGUGCUUGCAAAAAAAUAAGGAUUGUAGACCUACCUUAGGGAGGUUUAUAGUUUUACUAAGGUGUAAUAUACUCCAUGCUAAAUAAAGAAAAAGUAACAUUGCA